GUAAACACGAUGUGUGACACAUUUCUGAAGACAUGUUCUACCCGGUAAUCCCCUCAAUAGUUACCACAUUUAUAUUAAAUGGAUUUUAAAAUGUGUUUUGGACUAAAAAUUGGAUGUUUCUGUUAUAUCUUAUUAUUUUCUCAUAGUGUUGCCAUUUCCUUCGCACAACAUUGGACAGCAUCAACCUUCGAUCUACCUGUUUAUGGAAUUUAUAACAGAAAUGUACCGAGCGGAGCCACCACACACAGCAAGAGUAACGAUGUGUAUUGGAAUGGAUUAGCAAAAGCCUUUGAGCAGAAUCCGGAGGCAAUCAUUCAGGGUAUAGAGGAUAGUAGAGAACAAAUACUAAACAAGAAACGCCUAUUUAGAGACCAGUAUGGGCGCCAAUUUUUAUGGGAUCCUAGAUCUGGAGCCAUUCCAGUUCUUCAGCACAAUCAUGUUAAGCAUGACGUACAAGCUAUUCCUAUUAUGUAUUACGACAGAGUUACUGGGUAUCUAACAAGCCAUCCGUCUCGCCCAAGACUACAAUUUCUGGUCCCCAAAGAAGGGUAUCUUUUACGGCGAAAUCGUCACCCGAAUGUGGAAUGUGACCCUACUGUAAACCCUAUGUUGUCCUUUGAUGACGGAGGAGAAACAAGAGACCCAUGUACGGGCAAGGUAAAGGGCAAACAACAAGCCGAGUUUGGACUAACAGCAACUUCCGGUAUGGCAGAUGUAUUGUGCGCGUUUUGUCAACAUAUCAAAAACUUGCGAUGUAUUUGGCAGUUUUGUUCACAUCCUGAUGGGGUUUACAAGAUAAAAGUUAGUGAGAACAAAGGAUAAAUACGAUAAAAUAUGUUUUACAUAUAGUGAAAGGUACAAGCAUUUGAAAUAUGGAGUAUCGAUAUAUCGGCUGGAUCUUUGCGAUUCAAAUGGAAGUACCACUUCUCUUUUACAUGUGAAUAUUCACUCAAGCUAUUCAAAUAAUGUUCAUAGACAAGCAUCAAAUAUUAUUAUAUGUAAGACUACUUCAUCCGUAUCUUGUGUAAACUAUAAUUAUUACAAUCUGCUUAAGUUCGUUUUGGCAUUUUGUAUAAAUCAUUAUUAGUUGAGUUUACAAUAUUUUUAUAUAGCAGGUGUCGGCAUAUAUUUAUGUUAAAAUUGGUGAUCAGUACAACCUUUAUUUUGUUGUGAGGUGCAAGUAGCAAAAAUUUAUGAUGAAGACAUUCAAUUGAUUUCAAAUAAGAAGCGAGCAAAUUGUUUCAUUUUUCUAGCAUAAAAACUGUUAGUAUUGCAUUCCUCUACAUAACCCAUUGUUUGGACUUACAUGUAAAUCAUUUUCAUCUUCCGGAACAGGCAUGUAAUAUUUGCCACUAGACGUUAAACAAUCAACAAUCAAUCAAUAUAUCAUUUUCUAGUA